GAAGUCGCGAUCCUGAGCUUGCGAAUACGGACACUACUACCACGUAGGCUGGACCAACAACACUGAAACUUUCUUUCUUCUAUUCCUUCUUCUUAGAUUAUCCAAAUAUCUUUCGCUUCUUAAGAAUUUCAAUUUGAAGGCAUCCGAAGUUCCUUCCCUUCCGUUCUCCGUCCUUCUCAGUGCUUGCUGGCCAGCAUUCGUAUCCUCAAUCGUACGAUCAGAUUAUCCGACAUCAUGAACCAUCCCCAACCACCGAUGCGCAACUCGUGGUUCGCGCCUCUUUCUGUCGACCUCUUCCUCAAGGUCCUCAAUGUCACAGUGCUACACCCAUUCGUCGCAUGGAUCAUUCCUCUAUGCUUCCGUGCCGAGCACCAGGCGAUGACUACGAAGCCGAUGAUUGUCAGCAUUACGUGGGCAGUGUUCAUCACCCUUUUAUGGAUGGGGAAUGUCCUAAGUCACAAGAUCGCCUAUGGCAUGCAUCGAGAGGUCGACUUGAGCGAGGAGGUCAUCGUAAUAACAGGAGGGGCCAGUGGUCUUGGCCUGUUAAUCGCUGAGGUAUAUGGAAUGAGAGGUGCUACCGUUGCUGUUUUGGAUGUUGCCGACCUUGAGAGUACCGACGCCCGCGGCAUCACCUACUACAAGUGUGAUGUGCGGGACAGGGCCCAGAUUGCCAGAGUCGCAGCGGAGAUAGAACGCGAUCUUGGGACGCCUACUGUCUUAAUUAACAACGCAGGAGUGGUCAUCGGCAAGAAAUUGCUCGAUAUGGAAUUCGAUGAGGUCGAAAAGAGUAUCACAACAAAUCUCUUGGCGCACUUCUAUACGAUCAAGACGUUUCUGCCGGGAAUGAUUCGUAACGAGACCGGUGGCACCAUUGUAACCGUCUCAAGUGUCAUUGGUCACCUCGGUGCUGCUCGACUUGCCGACUACUCCGCUGCUAAGGCGGGAGUAACAGCCUUGCACAAGUCCCUCGCUGCCGAGCUACAAGAGUACCCCGAGAUCAAGACCAUUCUUGUUACUCCAGGUCAACUGAGCACACCACUCUUCUACGGCGUCAAAACACCCAACACAUUCGUCGCCCCCGUGGUCGAGCCUAUAGAAGUGGCUAAGGAGGUCAUUAAGGCCAUCGAUCUCGGACUUAGUGACCAUAUUGGUAUGCCUCUUUACGCGCGGUGGAUUGAUUGGUACAAUGUGUUACCUGUGGGUGUUCAGAAGAUUGCCCGCAAAUUAUCUGGCAUAGAUAACGGCAUGACGACGUUCGUCGGCCGUAGGGGCACGGAGUUAAGUGAGAAGAACGGAAGCUUAAUCUAGAACUCACGACGGCUCGGUUGAUGUCGGCUCAGAGGGUCAGUUAAUGAAAGACAUAUUCACAAUAAUGCUAUAUUACAGAUAGGAGAGCGCUGGCGUUCGUGGGUCUGUCAAGAUUUAAUGUGUAAGGUACAUGUGGUGUAGUAAAUGACAAGCUUGUACAUACCUCCUAGGUAUGCUCCCGCUUCAAACUGAUUAUCAAGGA